GGGUUUUCUAUAGCACUAUUAUUUCACAUCGGGAACCAUCCCUCCACAAUGAGCUACAGAUCCACCAUUAUAAAUGGUGCAUUACGCUAUCGAGCUGCGAAGGCUCUUGAGCUAGUUUUGGGUGGUUCACGUAUCCAAUCCUGUGAGGCGCUUCCAACUGCUGGUUCUCAAUUACGCCGGAACCCAUGUUUCCUCUCCUUGCCAGCGAUUGCUCUUCCGGCUCAGUUAGAUGCAGCAGCCAUCAACUAUCUGCGUGAAAACUCCCUUUCUUCGCCUAAAGCAAUUGAAGACCGUGCUGAACUACUGAGCACUUUUCUCUGGUCAAGAUCACUUAUCAAUGAGACUGAAAUAUUAGAGAAAGUACCGAGAACUAACAAGUUGCGCGUGUCUCAGGACGAAGACGAUGAGUCGAAUGAUGAGCUCCAAAACGUUUUACAGACUCAGCAAGUGCAACAUAGUGUUAAGGACCGACCUUCUGCUUCUGGGAGACUGAAAGAAUCUGCUCUUGCUGAAUGGAAGUCUCUAACUUACUCAGGGCACAACUGCGAAUUGUAUUUAACUGCCCGUCUGGCACCCAACUUUGCCGCUGCUUGUCGAGUGUUAUACGAAAUUCGGAAGCGCUGUCCGCGAUUUUUCCCCCGUAACCUGUUUGACUUCGGUUCCGGAUUGGGUACAAUUGCUUGGGCUGCAAACUCCGUUUGGCCAGUUGGAUGCAUUAGGGAACAUUAUUUGGUCGAACCGUCCGCAGAUAUGACGAAGAUUUCAGAAUUUAUGUUCAGGAAAAAUAUGACAAUUCAGUCACCGGAGACUGUAUUUCCAGGGAUUUAUCUUAGGCGAUUCACACCCGCUAGCAUGCGAUCCUACGACCUAGUCGUCAGCGCCUACACCCUGUUUGAACUUCCAGGAGUCAGAGCACGACGUCAAAUGUUGUCUAACAUGUGGGACCGAACGUCCAGCUUUCUUGUGCUAAUCGAACAAGGGACCAAAGCCGGUUUUAAUGCCAUCUUGGAGGCACGACAAUGGCUGUUGGAAAAUGGGGGCGAUUCUAUGUUUCUUUUUGCACCCUGCCCACAUAGUUUUUCCUGUGGCAAGGCUGAUUCAGCAUGUAACAUCAGCGUACAGUAUUACAAAUUUGCAUUGACCCGGGAUGACAGUGAACCAAAAACAGAGCUUGUCUCCUACCUGAUCGCAUCUCGUGGAGACUGGAGGCGAUAUCAAUCUCCGGUUGUUGAAGCAGAGUCACAGUUUCUUCCCCGAUUAGUCACCUACGGUGUGUCUAGCGAAGAGUCAGUCGUCCAUGAUAUCUGUUUGCCUUCUGGAGCCAUCGAACGCACCGCAUUUCCUAAGAAACAAUCUGCCAAGGCAUUGUACUAUUUCCUACGUCAUGCAAAAAUGGGCGACAUCCUUCCAUGCGAGCCCCAGGUCGAUCCGUUGCCCACUUCGGAAGGAGGCGAUUAGAUAGAACAGCCACCGUAAACUUUUGCUACCCAUCACCUCUUCAUGCGUCCAUCUUGAUCCACCUUGAUUUUGUGUACAUAUUUCCAUAUUUUUGGGUGCAUUUCAGCAUACAUUCGUACACUGCUCACUGUGCUUUCUUUCUUGUUAGGAUGUAUCGGACUCAAUCUCACCAAUUUCUCUGAGAGGAUUCACAGCCAGGUUUUUGACGUAAGGGUUUCUUCAGACCAGGUCUGAUCUGAUUUGCUCUCUUUUUGAGUUGAUCUCGUGUGAUGGGGC